CACCUUCAGGAUAGCAACAUCUGUGGAAUCAACUCAACAGCCCAAACAUGAAAACCUUUAUCGUUUUCGGCCUUCUUGCCUUUGUUGCCGCCCAGGACUCCACAUACACCAACAAGUACGAUCACAUCGACGUGGAGGAGAUUGUAAAGUCAGACCGGCUCUUCAAGAACUACUACAAUUGCCUGAUCGACCAGGGCCCCUGCACUCCGGAUGCAACCGAGCUGAAGCAGAGUCUUCCGGAUGCCCUGGAAAACAACUGCUCCAAGUGUACUCCGAAGCAGAAGGAGGUCGGUAACAAGGUCGUCGCCUAUCUUAUCGAAAGUCGUCCCGAGGAAUGGGCUGUGCUAAAGGCCAAAUUCGAUCCCGAAAACAAAUUUGUUGAAAAAUAUCGGGAAGAAGCUGCCGCCGCUGGUAUUAAGCUGUAACAAUCUUGAAAUUCACUAAAAUGUUUAAUAACUUUGGUCAUGACCCUAAUAGAAACCAUCAGAGGGACGCAUUAAACCUUUGUGUUUUAGUGUAAUUAAUAACUUUUGUGGGAAACGACAUAAUAAAUUCUACA